ACCGAUUAACAACUAAUUCCACUGUAACUUCCCUUAUAUGAGUAAUCGUUAAUAAUAUUAGAAAAUCCUAACCGGUCUUUAUAACCAAGUCGUCGAGACCAACCUGUUCAGUUUGAAUUUGAAUUCCUUUCAGUCAACUACUUCGAGUAUUCCUGUGUAACUUUCAGAUACCAAAAUGACAAUUGAUUUAUAUCAACUACCCGGCAGCUCGCCUUGCCGGACUGUUCGAUUGGUUGCCGCUGCUUUAGGGGUUAAAUUGAAUUUAAAACCUUGUGAUUUAAUGAAGGGUGAACAUUUAAAGCCAGAAUAUCUUAAGAUGAACCCUCAACACACUAUUCCAACAAUGGAUGAUAAUGGUUUCUACUUAGGAGAAAGUCGAGCUAUUAUAACCUACUUGGCUGAUCAAUAUGGAAAAGAUGAUUCUCUUUAUCCCAAAGAUCCCAAGAAACGUGCUAUUGUUAAUCAAAGAUUGUUCUUCGAUUUGGGAACACUUUACCAAGCAUUUUCAACAUAUUAUUACCCAAUAAUCUUUGCAAAUGCUCCUAAAGACGAGGAAAAUUAUAAGAAAAUUGCAACAGCUAUUGGAUUUUUGGAUAAAUUCCUUGAGGGUGAAAAUUAUGUGGCUGGAAAAAAUAUGACUAUCGCCGAUCUUGCUCUAACUACCACAGUUUCAAACUUUGAGGUUAUGGAUUAUGACUUAAGUAGUUUCAAAAAUGUCACCAAAUGGUACUCAAAAAUAAAGAAAGAAGCUACCAAUUAUGAGGGGACCAAUGGAGAAGGAGCAAAAGCAUUCAAAGCUCUUGUCGAUGCAAUGAAGAAAUAAAUUUAUCUUUCCCUUUUACCAUCGUUUUAAAAUACAUUUCUAAUAUAUUAUUUUCAUAAAUUCGCGCACAAAAAUGUAGGUACAAAUUAUAAUAAUCAUGUUGAAAUUUUUUUAUAAUGCAUUACGAUUGUUUUUCAUAUUAUAUAAAAUAAAUUAUUAUAAAGACUGUUUAAUUGUGAUUUAAAAAGAUAAAAUAAAAUUUAUGUCGAAAAA